AUGGCUCGUCCUUUGUCCUGGUUUCUAACACCAUUGCCUAUUCUAAAGCUAUGUGAAUUGGUAUGUCUACUGUUGGUGAUAGUGUUCUUCAUCGAUGGAAGAAUCCAAUGGGGAGCCUAUUCGAUGAUCUACGUUUCUGCUUUUCUUUUAGCCUUCGGAUGUAUUCUAACCCUUCUGAUUCUUUACUUUGAAGUGCCGAAGAUGUCCAAACAAGUUCCAUGGUUACAAGUGGAGCUUUUUUGGAACGUUCUUGGUUGCGCGCUGUGCGCUGCUGGCUGUAUCCUACUCACCUGGGAUUGGUGGCAAAUGCAAUCAGGCCGAAAUCAGCAUCAUUCAAGAUUGGCACCGAAGAAUAUCGGUGAGACACGAUGGAUGAGACGAGUUGCUAUUGUUGCUGGCUCACUACUACUUGCUUCCUGUCUAUUCCUAUUCACACUAGCGAGAGUGAAAAGAACUGGGAUUCAUUGA